AUGCGCAGCCCCUUUCACAGAGGACAGGAUUGUCCUGGGACCCGGAGGACUCGCUCACUGUGGACUGGACCGAGCGGACCCGGGCAGGAGGACAUGGAUGGACCCAGCAGCGCCUCCGGGCCGCACGGAGCCCAGAAGAGGAAGAAGAAGGAGAAGGAGGAGGAGGAGAUCCCGGAGCGAGUGACUCUGAAGAAGGAGAUCGGGCUCCUCAGCGCCUGCACCAUCAUCAUAGGGAACAUCAUCGGCUCGGGGAUCUUCAUCUCUCCGAAGGGCGUGCUGGAGCACUCGGGCUCGGUGGGCGUGGCCCUGGUGGUGUGGUUACUGGGAGGAGGCAUCGCCGCACUGGGCUCGCUGUGCUACGCAGAACUGGGCGUCACCAUCCCCAAGUCUGGAGGCGACUACUCCUACGUCACGGAGAUAUUCGGUGGUCUGAUGGGGUUCCUCCUGCUGUGGAGCGCCGUCAUCAUCAUGUACCCGGCCACGCUGGCCGUCAUCGCCCUCACCUUCUCCAGCUACGUCCUGCAGCCCGUCUUCCCAGAGUGCGUCCCUCCCUACAUGGCCACGCGGAUGCUCUCGGCCAUCUGUCUCCUGCUGCUGACCUGGGUGAACUGCAACAGUGUGCGGCUGGCCACCAGGAUCCAGGACGUCUUCACCGUGGGGAAGCUCAUGGCUCUGGGCCUCAUCAUCGUGGUCGGCCUGGUCCAGAUCUUCAAAGGGAACUACGAGGCUCUGGCGCCUUCGGUGGCCUUCUCCAUGGAGCGGACGCCGACAGUCGGGCAGAUCGCUCUGGCCUUCCUUCAGGCCUCCUUCGCCUUCAGCGGCUGGAACUUCCUCAACUACGUCACCGAGGAGGUGGUUGAACCCAGACGGAAUCUACCUCGUGCCAUCUACAUUUCCAUUCCAUUGGUGACCUUUGUGUACACGCUCACCAACAUCGCCUACUUCUCCGCCAUGUCGCCCGAGGAGCUGCUGUCGUCCAAUGCCGUGGCUGUAACGUUCGGGGAGAAGCUUCUGGGAAUGUUCUCCGUCAUCAUGCCCAUCUCCGUGGCCCUGUCCACCUUCGGAGGAAUCAACGGUUACCUGUUCACCUCCUCCAGGUUGUGUUUCUCCGGGGCCAGAGAGGGUCACCUGCCGAGCCUGCUGGCCAUGAUCCACUAUAAGUACUGCACGCCCAUCCCCGCCCUGCUGUGCUGCUGCACUGCCACCAUCGUUAUUCUCUGCAUCGGAGAAACACACAACCUCAUCAACUACGUCUCCUUCAUCAACUACCUGUCGUACGGCGUGACCAUCGCAGGCCUGCUGUACUACCGCUGGAAGAAGCCCAACCUCUACCGACCAAUCAAGGUGAACCUGCUGGUUCCCGUGUGUUACCUGAUGUUCUGGGCGCUGCUGCUGGGAUUCAGUCUUUACUCGGAGCCGGUGGUUUGUGGCGUCGGCCUCGUCAUCAUGCUCACCGGCGUGCCCGUCUACUUCCUGGGCGUUCAUUGGAAAGAAAAACCAAAGUGUAUCUACAACUUCAUCGAGAGGGCGACGUACGUGGGCCAGCGGUUGUGCUUCGUGGUCUUUCCUCAGAUCGACCCCAUCGAGGACGCCGACCCCUCGGAACAGACUGACCGCUCGUCAGGCAGGAGGAGUUUGUCUUAAAACUCUUUUCUGAAUAUAUGA